AUGGAAUCAUUCUUCCUGCAAUGUGAUUAUCCACUAGCAGUUUUAGAUAGAGCCCUUCAACACGUUGACACUAUCCCCCGAGAUACAGCCUUACGACCACCUAAGGACGGACAAUCCAACAGAGAAGUCAUCCCUUUAAUCUUAACAUACAACCCCAUCAACCACCAUGUAAAGAACAUCCUGUCAAGAAACUUUGACCGUUCAAAAUCUGACCCUGAAACUAAGGAACUGUUUGAUAACUCGCGAGUACUCAGCAUGUACCGCCGCGACACCAACCUGCGUGAUUCCUUGGUCAGCAGCAACCUUCAAUCCGGCGCAAACACUGAGGAUGAACCAAAUGGAACUUUUCCCUGCCGUUGUCCACGAUGCAAGACCUGUGCCCAUACCAACCCAGCCUCCCAGAGCAACACCUCCGGUGGACCUCUGACCAUACGGUAG